CCAACGUUGACGUUGAAGCCUUAGGUUCCUAUGGAAACCCCGUCAACCUCGGAAAUUUCUAUCUAAACCCCUUUUUCUGCUCUUUUGUCGCGAUUUUCCCGUGUAUUCCCAUAACCUAAUAUUAGAAUCUUCCUAUUCGCAGACUUAUCUACCAUCAAACAUUCACCUACGAUAUCCUACAUGUCCUGUUUCCAUUGCUAGCAAUUAAAGGAUAUUUUCUAAUCCUCCUCUUCCUCUCCAAUCAUUACCUCAUUGUUUCAUGCACUGAAUUCAUUUUCAAAUUUGGAACAACUCCACUACCUCUUAAUUCAUUAUUGAAUAAAUUGGCAAGGUUUGGAUUGGAAGAUGCAACAGCAGCAGCAUUAUGAUGAGAAGCUGAACCAAAUGGAGGAGCAGAUGAGAGAAGUUGAGCAAGAGAGAGGUCGAGCCUUCAAUGAUCUCAGGCAAAUAAAAAGGGUUGCUGAGGAGACUAAUGUCAUGGUUGAUCAAUCAUUAGCCUCAAAGAGAUCAAUUUCAGAGCCACGUAUAAUAGAACAACAAAUGGGUGCUAAUGACAGAAACAAUGAAUCAUCAGAGAAAGAUGCUUUGUUGGACAACAUAAGGAACGAGAUGGAUAGUCUUCGAUCAUCCGAGGAUAAUGCAAUGGCGUUAUUGUCUGACUAUAAAAGGAGAAUUCAAGAACUGGAGGCCGAACUGGACAAGCGAAAAGAAUCAGAAGCAAAUUUGUUUGACACAUUGGUAAUGCAAACAAAACAGCUGGAGCAGAAUAAGAUUUUGCUUGAAGAGUCAAAGCUUGAGAUCAUUUCUCUUGAAGAAAAAAUAAAGGCACUUCAAGUAAGUGCCAGCCAAAUCAUCAAAACCCCUGUGACGGAGGAUGGCUUUUCCACAAAAGAAAGUGUAGAGAAUAUGGAAAUUGAAGCUGAGCUAGAAAAAGUGCUGUUCAGUGGUGAGGAAUCAACCAUGGAGGUCAAAACCAUGCUUGAAGAAUUGCAAAUGCUUAAAAAUGAAUUGAAGUCAGCAACUGAGGCAGAAGAGAACAGCAAGAAGGCCAUGGAUGAUUUGGCAUUUGCAUUGAAAGAAGUGGCAACAGAAGCCAACCAGGUGAAGGCAAAACUGACCUUAAGCCAAGUGGAACUAGAGCACACCAAAGGGGAUGCAGAGCGUUGGAGAACAAUGUUAGGAACCACAGAAGAGAGGUACAAGGAGAUUCUAGAAACAACAAGGAAAGAAGCUGAUAGGUACAAAAACACAGCUGAGAGAUUAAGAUUGGAAGCUGAAGAGACCCUUUUAGCAUGGAAUGACAAGGAAACCGAGUUUGUGAAUUGCAUUAGAAGAGCCGAAGAGGAAAGAUUACUUGCACAGCAAGAAAGCACUAGAGUCCUUGAGUUGUUCAAAGAGGCAGAGAACAAGACAAGGGUUUCAAAGGAAGAGAAUCAAAAGCUGCGCGAUAUACUCAAACAAGCCUUGAAUGAAUCCAAUGUUGCAAAAGAAGCUGCUGAGAUUGCAAAGGCUGAAAAUGCUAGACUACAAGAUAGUCUCAACCUACUUGUCCACGAGAAUGAGAUGCUGAAAAUCCACGAAGCUGCGUCGUUUGAGAAUAUUAGAGAGUUGAAACGAAUGCUAUCAGAAUCAUCAAUGAAGGAGUUCAAAAAUGAGGAUAUGGAGAAGCCAUCAACAAAAGAAGGUAGCAAGGAGGAUAACAAUAAUAACAAGGAAUCAGGUGGGAGAAAAGCAAAGGCACAUAAUAACAACUCAAUAGAUUCUAAGAGUCUGCACAAAACAUUUAGUUUUAAUCUGAAGGAAAUGAUAACGCCACAUAACCAUAAUAAGCAGCAACACAGCAAAGAAGAGGCCAAUAACAAAGACACUGAUGAUGACACGUUAAGGGGUUCGAUAUUUGAUGAAGUGGAUUCAUCAUCAGAUUCAGAAUCUCGUCCUGAUGUAGACAUGGGAAAUAGCCCUGAUGAUUAUGACCAUCUUGGUGAAUCGCAUUUUGAUGAUCCCCAUAGUGAUAGCAACUCGAGGAAACGAAGAGCUUUGCUGAGAAGAUUUGGAGACCUUAUAAGGAGAAGAGGUUACCAUAAUCACCGAAAGGAACCAUCCAACGAGGAACAUUUACAAACGUGACAUAAAAAAGUUCCUAUAAGAAUUAAUGAUUCAUACGUUAAUUAAUUAGACUGUUGUAUUUAUAAUGUUUCGCUUUGUAAUUGUUCAGAUAAUUUCUCAAGUUUUAUACGCCUA